ACUUGCUUGAGUUUCUAAAGCCUUAUUCAGUCACAAUGAACAUUCCUCCUGGGUUGGUACUGUCACCAAUGUUCCCUCUACUUGUCUUUCCAGACCCACCUCUUGAAAGUCCGACCACCAGGACAUUCCCUCCGGGAGUCAGAGAACUCCGACUAUCUCUGCAAGUCGGAAUAAAUGGUCUACCACCAGGUCCACCCUGCAGGGCACACUUUCCGACGGUUAGAUUACUCCAGCUACCAAUGGAAGUCCGUGUACACGAUCUAUCGCCAGGUCUACCCCACCGAACACUCUCUCGGAGAACCAGACUACUCAAUCUACCUCUGGCAGUCGGAGUACACGGCCUACCUCUGGGUAUACCUUGCCGGACAUUUUCUCGGAGAAUCAGAGUACUCCAUCUACCUCUCGAAGUUAGGGUACACGGUCAACCUCCAGGACCACACUGCAGGAUACUAUCUUCGGGAGCCAGACUAAUACAACUACCUCUUGGAGUCGGGUUACACGGUCUACCUGUAGGACUACCCUGCCAGACACUCUCUCAGAGAACCAGAGUACUCAAUCUACCUCUGGGAGUCGGGUUACACGGUCUACCUGUAGGACUACCCUGCCAGACACUCUCUCAGAGAACCAGAGUACUCAAUCUACCUCUGGAAGUCGGUGUACACGGUCUACCUCCAGGUCCACCAUGUAGGACACUCCCUCCGGGAGCUAUAGUGCCCCAACCAUUGGCGGAUCCAGGGAGUGUUGUUUGGGAUUUGCAACCCCCCACACACUUUUAUAAACCUAUUUAAGAAUGAAGAGUCCAUGUCCAACCAGAAGCUGUUGGGAAACGCAAUAAAUUCCAGCUUUUUUGUACACUUCUUGUGCUUCAAUAGAGAGAUGUGGCGAGUUAGGCAAAGAACGCCUAUCGAUCAUCAAUUUGAAAUAGUUUUUAAUAGUUUUAACUCAGUUUGUUAAUAAUAAGUAACGACAGUGUUAGUAGUAACGAAACAUGUAAGGAUAAAACAUUUAGUUUGUUAACUGUACUAUUUUAAUAUUUGAUUUCAUUUGGUGUUACUUUAAUAUUUUACCUGAAAAAUUGUUGAAGUGCAACCAAAUACAAAUUAAAAAUAA